GUUGGUUCGAUAACUGAAAAUAUGUUUAUCUCAUUAGGUGUAUUAUUAACAUGUUAAGUAGGAAAUGGGGAAAAAAUUUCAUGCUUUUAUGUUCCCAUGGUUUGCUUUUGGUCAUAUGAUUCCCUUUCUACAUCUUGCAAACAAACUAGCUGAGAAAGGUCACCGGGUUACUUUCUUGCUACCUAAGAAAUCUCAAAAACAGUUGGAACAUCACAACUUGUUCCCAGACAGUAUUGUCUUUCACCCUCUCACAAUUCCUCCUGUCAAUGGCCUCCCUGCUGGUGCCGAGACAACCUCGGAUAUCCCAAUCUCAAUGGACAACUUCUUGUCCGAAGCCUUGGAUCUCACUCGCGAUCAGGUUGAAGCUGCGGUUCGUGCUUUGAGACCGGACUUGAUCUUCUUCGAUUUUGCUCAAUGGGUACCAGAAAUGGCUAAAGAACAUAUGAUCAAGAGUGUGAGUUACAUCAUAGUAUCUGCUACAACUAUAGCUCAUACACAUGUCCCUGGUGGUGAAUUAGGUGUUCCCCCACCGGGUUAUCCUUCAUCGAAGGUGUUUUUCCGUGGAAACGAUGCUCAUGCCUUAGCAACCUUGUCGAUCUUUUACAAGAGACUUUAUCAUCAGAUCACUACAGGUCUUAAGAACUGUGAUGUCAUUGCAAUGAGGACCUGCAAAGAAAUCGAAGGGAAGUUCUGCGACUUUCUAUCGCGUCAGUACCAUAAGAAGGUUCUCUUGACUGGUCCAAUGUUCCCUGAGCCAGACACGACUAAACCACUAGAAGAACACUGGAGUCAUUUUCUAAGCGGGUUCACGCCCAAGUCAGUAGUGUUUUGUUCAUUUGGCAGCCAAAUCAUUCUUGAAAAAGAUCAAUUCCAAGAACUCUGUUUAGGGAUGGAGCUGACAGGUUUACCGUUUCUUGUAGCGGUUAAGCCACCAAGAGGAUCAACAACGGUCCAAGAAGGGUUACCAGAAGGGUUCGAGGAGCGGGUGAAAGGGCGCGGUGUGGUUUGGGGAGGAUGGGUACAACAACCUUUGAUAUUGGCUCAUCCAUCAGUAGGUUGCUUUGUGAACCAUUGUGGUCCUGGAACAAUAUGGGAGGCUUUGGUGAGUGAUUGCCAAAUGGUUUUGAUUCCAUUUUUAAGUGAUCAAGUUCUCUUUACAAGAUUGAUGACCGAGGAAUUCGAGGUCUCUGUAGAAGUGUAUAGGGAAAAGACAGGAUGGUUUUCAAAGGAGAGUUUGAGCAAUGCGAUUAAGUCUGUGAUGGAUAAAGACAGUGACCUUGGGAAGCUAGUGAGGAGUAACCACGCCAAAUUGAAGGAGAUUUUGGUUAGUCCUGGACUAUUGACCGGUUACGUGGAUAACUUUGUAGAGGCAUUGCAAGAGGAUUUGAUCUGAUUAUGUUGAAAACUAGGAUUUAACCCGCGAUUCAAUCGCCGGGACCUUAACAUGGGGAAGAACUUACUAAAAGGUAUGCUUUUCU